UGAUGCAAAUAAUGCUGACCAACCAGCCAUUUUCUUUAGCUCUCUUCGAUUCCUCCCCCAGCUUUCCCUGCUCACGGCUCCGCGUUACCGAGGCGAUUUCUUGGGUUUGAAGCAGGAAUCAAGCGUGGGCUUAUAGGAGAUCGGUAACGGAGGAGGAGCAGAGGGAAGGGAGCUUCUGUGGCAAGAACAGAUAUGGAGCAUGAUGAGGCUGGAUGCCAAGCAUCAGAAAGGCCUAUCCUUUGCAUCAACAAUUGUGGCUUCUUUGGAAGCCCCGCAACCAUGAACAUGUGCUCCAAGUGCCACAAAGAUCACAUUUUGAAGCAGGAACAGGCUAAACUGGCUGCUUCAUCCAUUGAUUGUGCAAUGAAUGGUUCUGGAAGUAGCAGUGUUCAAGAUCUGCUUUUUGAUGGCAAUUUAGACUUAUUAGCUGAUGUAGUCGAGCCUAAAUCUGCUGUCUUACAGACUACCAAUGAUAUAACCUCAACUAAUGGCUGUGAAGGAAAGGCCAAAGAAGGCCCCAACAGGUGCAGUGCUUGUAGGAAACGUGUUGGGUUAACUGGUUUUAGUUGCCGCUGCGGUAAUCUAUUCUGUGCAGCACACAGGUAUUCCGACAAGCAUGAAUGCCCGUUUGAUUACCGCACCGCAGCUAGGGAUGCGAUUGCCAGAGCCAAUCCCGUUGUCAAAGCGGAGAAACUAGACAAGAUAUAGUACACUGAUGAUGAGUUCAGAAAGGUAAAGGCAACAUACUUUUGUUUUACACUUUCUACGCUUUUUAGAGGACCACACACCGAAAAUAGAUGGUGCUUUUUCGUGACUUUAUCUUUUAAGAUGUUGCUGCCCAAUUCAUGAUUUGGAAAGGCUUAAAAGGUGUCUGACGUUAUUAGAGAGAUGAGACAGGUCAUGUAUGGGUGUGAAUUUGGUUGGUUUGGAUGCUUUAGAUAAAUGUUUAAUAUGUAAGAUUUAUUGUUUUUGGAUGUUAAAACAUUUGGACCCAACCUAUACAAAAUUAUUUAGAAUUAA